AUGAUGAUGCAAGUGGAAGAUCUUAUGAGUGAGGUUUUACGGGGUGCUCUCUUUGAUACAACAUAUGAACCAUCCUUGCUUCAGACUAUUGGCAAGAAUCUGGCCAAUGUUAUUCGCAAGAGAGUGCGUGAAGUUUGCAAUCCCGUGCGCUAUAAAUACGUUGUGAUGGUACAUUUAGGGUCUCGAAAGGACUCUAGCAUCUCAAUCGUCAGUCGGGCGGUUUGGUUUCCAGAGUCAGGCGAUAAUUACGCAUCUGUAACUUAUUCUAACCCAUCGGUAUUUGGAGUCGCAAUGGUUUUUGCGACGUUCUUUGAAUAA